GCAUUACGAGAUUGUCAAUUUGUCUGUGAAGCCAUGGCAGAGAAAGGAUCCAUAAAGUGGGAGAUCAGUGUGUGAAAAAUCAGAGAGAGGCGAAAUUUCCGGUGCGAUGGGUUUCACAAUGGGCUUGAAUUUGCUUCUUCUCGUGGCAAUGGUGGCCACCAACAUUCUCUCUCUUUACCAUCUUUCCUCUACGCUUCAAUCCCAAAAAUCCCCUGUUUCACAGCCGGUUCCAGAUCACCUAAUCCGGCAGCUUCAGACCAUACGCGCCACCAUCAACCACCUCACGCGCCUCCACCCUAAGGCGGCAGCCUCCAUAUCUAAAACCAAAGUCUCUAUCCCUUCAGAUCUCGUUCUGUACUCUCAGUUCUCCCCAAUUGCCUCAUCUUGCCAUAGUAACCCUGAGCUUCUUCAUAGGUUUAUGAAUUACACUCCGUUUUCGAGUUGCCCUUCUGAUUCUGAUCUCGCUGAGGCUUUGAUUCUUCGUGGGUGUCAUCCACUUCCUCGUCGGCGGUGCUUUGCCAACACCCCACAAAAACCCUCUUCUUCUUUGCCUCAAAAUCCCUUCGGUUCUUCACUUCCGGAGUCCAAUAUUAUUUGGGGGAAAUAUUCGUGUAAGGGAUUUGGGUGUUUGAAUCGACUGAAUCCAAACCUGGGGUUUGAUCCUUCUCAUGAAAUCACCAAGUUUAUGUCCUUUAAGACCGAAUUGGACCUCCCAAUCCCUCAAUUGCUACAGAUUGCGAAGGCGGCUAACUCUGUUAUUCGUCUUGGACUUGAUAUUGGCGGUGGAACCGCCACUUUUGCUGCUAGAAUGAAGCUCUACAAUGUCACUAUGGUCACUACCACUAUGAACCUUGGCGCGCCGUACAAUGAGGUUGCGGCGCUUAGGGGAUUGGUGCCUUUGCACGUGCCGCUUCAGCAGCGGUUGCCCAUUUUUGAUGGAGUGAUGGAUCUGGUUCGGUGUGGCCAUGCUGUGAACCGGUGGAUUCCUGUGAAAUCGAUGGAGUUUUUGUUCUAUGAUGUGGAUAGAGUGUUGAGAGUUGGGGGUUACCUUUGGUUUGAUCAUUUCUUCAGCAAAGGGGUGGAUCUUGAUAAAGUUUACUCUCCUUUGAUCACCAAGUUGGGGUACCGGAAGGUCAAGUGGGCGACGGCGAGUAAGACCGACUCCGGCGGGUUGAAGAACGGAGAGGUUUACUUGACGGCGUUGCUGCAGAAGCCAAUGCCAGCAUGAGGCAGUAGCAGCAGACAACCUGCGGCUUGGAUCAUACGAGGAAGAAGCAAUUAUUUAAUGAAACAGUGUGUAAGAAGAUGGGAUUUUACAUGAAAACUCAAAUAUUUAUCCACCGCCAUGGACGCCUCAUCUGGCAAAGCUACUGAGUUUUUGAAGAAAAAGAAAGAAAGAAAUGGUGGUGGAAGGAAGGAAGGAAGGCAUCCAGAACGAAUUUGUGGAAAUUUAUGUUUGAAAUUGAAGCUUUUUGCAGACAGAAAUGGUCGCUUUAUUGUAGCUUCUGUCGGAUUUAUAUUUGAUUUUGUUGUGGAAAUUGUUACAGACAAAAUACUCAAAUUAUUUUUUAAACAACCAAAAAUUAC